UAAAAAAAUAUCUUUGUUAUUUCCGUAACUACAUUUCUUUAAUAAUUUUUUUUUCUAUAAAAUGUUCGGACCGCGAUGGUCAUUUCAUUUCUUAAAACGGACCCCGAGCAUAACUAAUUGGUGACCCCUGGUGUAAACUAUUCAAGCUGGAAACUAAGGUUAUUAACAUUGUUAGAAUACAAAGAAUGUAUCGAGGCUGUAGUAAGCAAAAAUGAAAAGGAAAAGGAAAUUGAAUGGAAAAAGAAGGAUUUGAAAGCAAGGACUAUAAUAAUGAGCAUAAUCUCAGAUAAACAACUAGAAUAUAUUAGUGAAUGUAAAACAUCAGCAGAAAUGAUGAAGAGAAGUUUGACAAGAUGUAUUUAACACAGUCUACAGCAAUGCAAAUAAUAUGUAGAGGCAAAAUUGAAGAAAUUAGAUUGAGCAAUUAUAGUACUGUAGAAGAUUUUUUUGUUGACUUUGAGAAAACAAAAAAUGAGUUCAAAGUGGCAGGGGAGCAGUAACACACAAAACAUACAUCGCUGUCUUUGUCUGUAUGUCGACAAAGAUGAUUCAUCUCGAAUUGGUGGGAGAUCUCACAUCAGAUACCUUCAUCGCAGCUUUCCGAAGAUUUGUAGCAAGACGGGGAAGAUGCGCUCAGAUAUGGAGCGACCAAGGCCGCAAUUUCGUCGGAGCAAACAGGCAGCUGGGGGCUUACUCUUGAUUUCAAUUCCGAUCGGUCGACAUUGGAAUUGUGACGUUUCGCACUCUUGAGUUCGAUGCUAGCGCCACAUUGGUUUGAAAUUGCAUGUUCAUUAUGGGGAACUAAUUGAAAUCGGAUUGGGCGCUAAACGGUACUCUUGAGUUUAUUUUGACAGCUGCUUAUUGCGCCAAUAUUACGGUGGGUUUGAAUGUUGAUUGUGAUUUUUCCAAUUACUAAAGAGUAACUUUUAAGAAAUUGUUUUGUGUUUUACGUGGUUUUCUUUCGAUAAAAAGUGUUUAAUAUGGCACGAUUAGCGGUAAUGUACAGUGUUUCGUUAAAUUCCCAUAAAAAACAACUGAAACAAAGACGAGAUGAGCGUCGGAUGAUGCGUUAUACGGAGAAAGCGUUUUCGAUGAAUGAAAACGAGUUUAAAGCCAAUUAUAGGGUGAGCAAGGAUUUGUUUCACGAAAUAUUCGAAAACAUAAAGCCUUUUAUGCAAUCCCCUAAGAGAAGAAGUGAUUUAUUACCAAAAUAUAAGGUUUUAGUGGCAUUGUCCUUUUAUGCUACUGGGAGUUACCAAAGGCUAGUUGGAGGCAGUUAUGGGACCCUAAUGAGUCAGCAAUCUACUUCUAGUUCUAUUCGAGAGGUAACAGCAGCUCUUAACCAUCCCUUAAUACAAAGGAAAUGGAUCAAGUUUCCUCAAACUCGUCGUGAAAGAGAUGCUGUAAAACUGAGAUUUUUUGAAAAAUUCAGUAUACCAUCUGUUAUAGGAUGCAUUGAUGGCACUCAUAUAGCCAUAAUUAGAGCAUCAGAAAAUGAAGAGAGAUUUUUUAAUCGCAAACAUUUUCAUUCAAGAAAUGUUAUGAUUGUUAGUCAAUAUUUUUGGUUAUUACUGAAUUGUAAUUCAUUGCUUAUGAAAUUAGUUAAAUAUCUUUGUUUUAUAUAUUUUCAGAUAGCUGAUUCAGACUUAAGAAUACUGUCAGUAGACGCUUCAUUUGGAGGAGCAUCACAUGAUAGUUUCGUCUGGAAUCAGCAUCCUGUGAAACAACAUUUAAUUGAAUUAAAUAAUAAUGGGGAAACUGUAUUUUUACUAGGUGAUUCCGGGUAUGCCCAGAGGGAAUACAUGAUGACACCUAUUGUAGAUGCUCAUCAAGGGUCCCCUGAGGAAUAUUACACCAAGUUACACUGCACUGCACGGAAUACCGUAGAACGUACCAUUGGUGUCCUCAAAAACAGGUGGCGGUGCUUAAUCGGGCAUAGGGUUCUACAUUAUCAUCCUGAUGUAGCAGCCAAAAUAAUUAAUGCUUGUUGUGUUUUACACAACAUGUGUAUCAAUAGGAUUUAUUUUGACCAAGAUGAGAAUACAGCAGAAUAUGGGAAUGAUUACCCAACUGUAACUUCUCAAGAAUCAACUAGCAGCACAGCUGCUGAACUAAGACAAGGCAUCGAAAAGCGAAAUGUUUUAGUUCAGCAGUUGUGGGCAAGCAGAAGGUAGCCUAAAACUUUAUAAGGUUCUCAUCGUACCUUAUAAAGGUGAAGUGGUAGAAAGCUAAGUAGGUAGGUUUAUAAUAUAUUAUUAUAGGUGUAAAAGCAUUGUUUCAAACUAUUUUUGCAUGGUAGUAUUAAAAUAACAUAAGA